UGCAAGCGUCUCGACAUCUCCCAGCUCCCAACGCCACAAAACCUGCAACACGCAACACUCCUUGCGUACUUCACGUGCUUGCCUGUGAUUGAUUGAUCUGACAUAAUCGGCCCUGCGUCAUCUCUCACUUGCUGACCCCUCAGGGCUGCAAACAAGUAUUGGCACAUUCGGCAGCUCCCGGGUCUCACUCAGGCCAACAACAUCCCAGAAGCGCAGUAUUUGGCCGUCUCAGCACAACGCCUGGACAGUGGUCGGAAAUAAAGUGCCUGCCCCCACAGCGUCAUCGCGCAGGCCCCUUCAGCGGCCAUCGCACCAGCUUCGGCGCCUCUUAUCCAGCCCGGCAGGUGCUCCUCCUUCCUUCCAGCCCAUUGGAUUGUUUCCACCUCCACCUGAAGGGUACCCCCGGGACGUGGAACUCUUGCCAAAAGAGACAGCCGAUAGCUCGCAUCAUUUUGCUCUCUUGCUCCGUCCCGCUCCACACUCGGCGCUUUUUCGCAAUAUUCCAUCUCCAACUCCCCCGACUGCGCUCUUACCGUACAGCACCGUUCCGACUACCACCACCACUUCCCUUCUCCUCCGCCGCCCGCCUCUCUCCCCCCUCACUUCCCAUUCCCGUAUGCUUGGGAGCGCCUUGCCCACCGAAUCCGUCCUCAACUCUCCGCGCUAGAUAUUCUGUUCCUCGCAAGGCCAAUGGGCUGCGAUAACCGCUAGUCGCUCAGUGUCACGGCGGCGUGGGAGCGUUCCCCGCAUACCGGGACACUUGGGAAGGCCCAGCAUCUACCUGACAGACAGAGAGAGAGAGGUAAACGGCAGACGCAUACCGAGAGAAACACACACCACCGACGACACACGACGAAUCUGGACAAAACUGAACAUCCGCCUCGGGUGAACAGACCCCUCAAAAAGUUGAUAUCCCGCUUUGGCUGCUUCGCGAGAGCCCACAAACCCCGGGACAUCACCGUGUGCUUUCCUUUCAGUUCCCAUUUCGAUCCCCCUUACCUCCAUAUUCUGAAGCCUGAACGAGCUCAACAGUGAGAGGGGAUGUCUCACGACGAACACCACGACGUUCAACGAGGUGCGCCGCACUCGCCAGACCAAGAAUAUGGGCCGUAUCCGACCUCAACAUACCCCAACUAUAGCAGCUCAAGAGCGUUUCCGGCCCCGGCCCCGACCCCUACCCGCGCAGCAAUGGCUACCAUAGAGAAAGCUGCCGCUGCGAUACCCGUAAACGAGACCAUUACUGCCUUCGAUAGGUGGGCCGCCGGUGCCUCCGACGCCCAGUUCAACGCCCUGUCCGGUGCAGUAGGAGGCUUCACUUCAGGCGUCGUGACGUGCCCGCUCGACGUCAUCAAGACCAAGUUGCAAGCACAGGGUGGGUUUAAUCCCGUCGAAAAAGGGAGGCAUGUCGGACACCCGAAACUCUACAACGGCCUGCUGGGCACCGCCCGUGUGAUAUGGAAAGAAGAGGGCAUACGGGGCAUGUACAGGGGACUCGGCCCGAUAGUACUGGGUUAUUUGCCCACAUGGGCUGUGUGGUUUACUGUCUACAAUAAGAGCAAAGACUACCUGAAGCACCGCCAUGAAAACACAGUGUUGAUCAACUUUUGGUCAUCCAUCAUAGCUGGUGCUAGUAGCACUAUCGUCACGAACCCGAUUUGGGUCAUCAAGACUCGCUUAAUGUCGCAGAGCGUUGCACACGACCCAGGCAAGCAUUACUCGCAGUUCCCGAGAUCAGGCAACACCCCGACUUCGAGACCGACAAUGCACAGCUCGUGGCAUUACCGGUCAACGAUGGACGCGGCACGCAAGAUGUACACGUCAGAGGGCGUACUCUCCUUCUACUCAGGCCUCACUCCGGCCCUACUGGGUCUCACACAUGUGGCCGUCCAGUUUCCCGCGUACGAGUACCUGAAGACAAAGUUUACCGGUCAGGGCAUGGGAGAGCCGACUCCGGGCGACACACAAGAAUCGCAGUGGAUGGGAGUGCUGGGCGCUUCGAUAUUGUCGAAGAUCAUGGCGAGCAGUGCUACAUACCCGCACGAGGUCAUCCGUACGAGGCUGCAGACCCAACGAAAGCCUGUAGGAGGGGCUGAGUAUCUCCAGGGUCUGGGUAUCAAGGUGACGCCCUCCGUGACAGGAGAGGAUGGCAAGACGCAGCAGGUACUAUCUCCAAAGUAUCGUGGCGUGGCCAGCACCUUUCGUACCAUUCUCAAAGAGGAGGGUUGGAGGGCUUUUUACGCUGGCAUGGGCACCAACAUGAUGCGAGCGGUGCCAGCCGCGACGGUGACGAUGCUGACGUACGAGUACGUGAUGAAGCAUUUGAACCACGCGAGGGCCGAGGGCAAGAGGAAAUUGGAAAGGGGCAGCGCGCCUGCUGAGCCCUGACCUCAGCAAAUUUAGGGGCCAGGAGCGGCAUCGUUCCGAGAAGACGCUGGGACAGAAGUUGGCAAGACCAGAUGUGCGGUUGAACAAUGAUGGAAGCGAAGAGUUGCUGAGAGAUUAGGAAAUGGGGAUGGGAUUUUCCAGAUACCCUUAAUUUUGGUCGUCAGGUCUAGACAAACUCGAUUCAGGUCACGAAACAAGCACACUGCGGCAGGAGUUCUCCGAGGGAUGGUUUACGGAUCGAUUCAACCCCCCCUCCCCUUUCUUUUUUCCAUCGCAUUCAAUCAUUGCGGAGCGCUUUCUUUCCUUUUCACACAAACUGGACCGAAGAGUUCAAGUUAGCCAACGAAGCCAGCAUGGCAAGAGCUAUAUUCAGCGGGGUUGACACAGUUUGGGGCAUUGAAGCCGUUGGCAUGGAAUUUCUGAGGAUUUGUCAAACACACCCACAUAUGCAUGAGAGA